CACAGGGCAGAAUAAGGACUCAUAUUUCUUGUCUAAAGCUGUAUUUUAUUUCUAUAUGUAACUACUUACAAAACAAACCGUGAAUAUCAGCCAUGUGGUGGUAAUACGCAGUACAGACCACAACCUUUUUCACUGGUAUGGAAAUACAGCGUCAACAACAUUUACUAUGCUGACUUACGGUUGGCAAGAAGAUUACGAAUUGGAUUUUAGUGGAAACAUUAAAUGUCAGUCUGAGAUGUGUUUAACAGACAGUGGUGCUUGAUAUUCAACAGUUCCAGUCGGAACAGAAUCUCGUCAAAAUGACCAUUCUUCGUAGGCCUAUAUAUCCUACAUUAUUUACGCUGCUUGGUACAGGUUAGUUUUUCCUCUCAGAAAAGAGACAGUUGCUUUCAUGUGUUUACAAGUGCACACAUCACAUGAUUUAUAUAAUUUAUUUUAUUGGAAAUAUAGCUAAAUUAUCAUACAGAACUUCUUGAAUAUACUUAGUUAAAAUGUUUCACUUAGCUUUAAAAACUAUUUGGAUUAGGCCUAGGCUAUAAGUUUUGUAAUUAUUUUGUGAAGCUGUUUUUAAUUCUUAUUAGGCCAACUAGCUACUCCUAUAUUAUUAGGUACUUUAGUGAUGAAUUAUAAUAUAAUAUAUUUAUAUAUAUAUAUAAUAUAGGUAGGUAUAACAUGGACUUUGUUGUAUUAAGUAGGCCUAUUACCAAUUUAACUUGUGGGAGUGAAUUUCAACGGUCGCGUUUACUCAGUUAUUUACGGCAGUGAACUUCUGCGCUCCGCUCGCUGUCAUGCAGGUGGAAUUCAGUCCAACCGUGUGAUUCAAGCAGCACAUCAGGACAGACAUCCAGUUUGAAGAGAGCUUCCGUCCAAACCUGACUUCAUCUCCGAGCAUCACAUGCACAGUUUACCUUAACACAGUCAUGGCAUCAUCAGCACAACCGAGCAAUUUGAACAGCAACCGAAUCGGAUACAUUUAAACGACGAAUCUUCAGAGAGACUCGCAUCAUGCUCAGGUGGUCUGUCUUUCCCACUGAAGGAGAUCAUAUAGUCUGCGUUUGGGAAAGAAAACAGUCGUGUGAAUGUUUAGAAUAUUAAUAAGUAGAUCCUUUGUAUAAUCAUGGAGGAAAGCAAUACCUGUGAAUCAGUCCCAGAUUUAAAGGAUCUGGAGUUAAAAGUGGGAAGAAAGACCCCAGAGGGGCUCCUGAAGUGGAUGAGAGAGGAGCACAAAAUGAUCUCUCAUCAUCAGACAGACAACAAUGAGACAGAGAAGAAAGGACUGGAUGAGAAGAUCCGAAAACUUAAAAUGGAUAUGGCUCAUCUACGAGCAGCAGACGUCAAGAUCUUGAACCAGUUGCUAGCACUGCAUGAGGGCAUUGAGGCAGUGAAAUGGCUCCUGGAAGAGCGUGGCGCGCUCACCAGCCGCUGCAGCAGCCUGACCAGCAGUCAGUACAGCUUAGGGGAGGGACCCGACACUUCCUGGAGGGGCAGCUGGAGCAGUUUGCAGGAUCCCCAUGACAAGCUGGACAACAUUUCGAUUGGCAGCUAUCUGGACACAUUAGCUGAUGAUCUGGAUGAGUACUGCCCCUCCAGUGGGACUGAUUCAAUACUGUGUGCCGCCCCUGUGGGGACAGAUGGCUCCAGAGGUACUGGAGGAGGCAUUGGCAGUUCCACUGGAUCUGGAACCAGAUCUCCACAAGUCAAAUCCGAUGCCCCUAAAGAAGAAGCUCAGGUUUGGAAUAAAUCCUCUGAGAUAGCGAGACCAUACCAGCCCAACAAGACCAAUGGAAUCCUGGACAAAUCACUAAAGCAAAUGGUCACCACAGAUUCACCCAGGGCUUGUCUCGCUGAAAAGCUGGGGAAGAGUCUGAGCCCUAAAGUGAAACCUUACAAGAAUGGCAAAGUUGAGCUGGAGAGCUGCAAAAUGAAUGGCAAGGUUCAACUGGAGUAUGACGCACAUUGGCGCUGGGUGCAGUCGCAGGAUGAUGUGACUUUUUUGUGAUUUUCAAGCCAAAGGUGUUGAUUGGAGAUUUCUCUGGUCCUCUAUUCACCACUGAGCUUUUGUUUGCAUACUUUGAGCUUUGAUUAAUUUGAGGUUAAGAGGUCAGCAAUGGAAAAGAAGCUUAGACCUGUGGUGGGUCAGAGUUUUUUUUUUUUUUUUGUAAUGGCAUCUAUUGAUUCAACACUAUUUAUUGAUUUUUUGUUUAUCUUUUAGAGAUUGAAAAUGUCAAAACAGUCCUUAGAAUCCAUGAAAAAGUUCACAAAAUUCAGUUUUUAAAAAAAAAACAAGUUGAGGUUGGCAAGUUGCUGUUUUUUUUUUGUUUUUUUUUAUGUUUUUGAAAGAAUUCUCACCAAGGCUGCAGAAAUACAGUAAAACAGUAAUAUUGUGAA